AUGAAGUUUACAUUGCCAAAGAACGCCUUCCCCGUCGUGGAGCUGUCCGAGGACCAGCAAAAAGCGCUCGUUGAAGAGGCUGACACCGUCGUGAAGGAGAUCGUGACAGCGAAUGACGCCUUCAUCGCGGACGGAGGCGUCCUCCGAGAUCCGCAGUGGCGUCUGAUGCGCACGAAAGAGGGUAUGCAGGUGUAUCGCCAACGCAGAAAGGCGAUCAAGCAGCGAGGGAAUGAGUCGUCCGCUCCAGUGAUCGAGAGUCCGUCCUGGUCAUCCAGCCACACGCUGUCAAGGUACCGCACGGAGACCAGCAACCUUGUUGAGCCCUUCGACGACCGAGAGACGUCGCUGUCUUCUUCAUCCGGGAUCGCUGAGAACAGUAUCAUGGAGAAGGCAAGGCCUCCCGGUGUAUCUUUGAUGGCCCUCCACGGUACUACCGACGGCACACUGGACGACUGCAUGUUCGGGUGUUUCGCCCCCAACGACGACGAGUGGAAGCUGCGCAGUUCCUACAUCAACGAUCGACUCGAUGAUGCUCGAAUUGUGGCGUCUAUUAGAGGUCCAACAGAGGAGGACCCCUACCGUUUCCUUGGUAUCAAGUGGUUUGCCAAAGAACACCCAGUGAUGCUCACGGGUAUCGUUCAGCAGCGAGAUUUCCUCAUCCUCGAGUCCUCGGGGUUCACGCGCGACUGCAACGGCGAGAAGGUCGGCUACUUCCUGAUGCACUCGGUGGCACUGCGAGAAAUCCCCGAGCUCUCGCACUUGAACAUCGUUCGCGGACUGAUGAGCUUCUGCUACGUUUUUCGCCAGGGAAAACCUGGCAAGGUCGACAUCUACACUCGCGGCUUCUUCGAUUCCCGUGGUGAGAUGCCAGGCCGCCUUUCAGUCGCGAUCGCUGCGGAUGCCGCUCUCUGCUGUGUGAAUUUGAUCCAAUAUGCGUACAUCAAGAAGCUGACGUGGCUGAUGAAGCACAGCGGCCACGGGCGAUCUGGUGGUCAUGCGACGCAAUCUACGCACUGUGAGGCGUGCGAGAAGAGCUUCUCCAAGUUUUCGCUUACUCAUUCCGGGUCGGGUACGGCGUGUUCCAUUUGCCGGCGGGUAGUGUGCUCCAAGUGCAGUGUGCUGAAAAAGAUGGUCAUGGACGUGUCGGACACUGGGUCCGUCCAGCACUGCUCUCUCCAGUUCUGUCUGCGCUGUUUACUCAAGGCGAAGAAGCAGUGUGGCUGGGAGAUUGCGCUGAGCGACUCUGAGAGUGUAUCGCAAUCGUCCAAGUGUUCGGGAUCGGGUGUAGUGUAUCGGGUUCUACCGACGGAAAACUUCAGGCGCGACGGCCGCUCGCACUCGAAUGUUACGGACUACCAACGAGGCGACAUGACCGCGAAGUCCAACAGCGACGACAACGUCGAUGGAACGCAGUUUCAAAACAGACAUUAUCUGUAG